AUGCUCAAAAAUUUUAAAUUGCCCAAAAGAGAGGGUAGCGGCUCGAAGAAUAAGAUAACGUCUGCCAACAUUUCUUCCCCUGCUCAAAAUAACACCAAUGCAAUAAAACAUAUCAAAACGGUACCUGUCCGCAACACCUCUCAUUCAUCACAGCAUUCAAAUUCUGUCUCGAGAAGUUCAUCCAAAAACUUUAGCGUCCCAGAAAAGGCAAUAAAAGCUCUAUAUAGCUACCAAGCACAGUCCCCAAAAGAACUUUCAUUUCUGGGAGGUGAUUUUUUCUAUGUUAAGAAUGAAGAACAGGACUGGUAUAAUGCCUCAAAUCCUUCAAGUGGGAAACAGGGCAUGGUCCCAAAGUCUUACUUCGAGGUUGUGGAUAGGUCUAGACCUCGCUCCCUUAGUGGGAGUGCUAGGAGUAGACACAGCGAGCAUGAUCAGCUUUCCAAGAUGGGGUCAUUAUACGCCAUUGUACUUUACGACUUUCAGGCUGAAAAAUCUGAUGAACUGACAGCACAUGCGGGUGAAAAUCUAUUCAUUUGUGCGCAUCAUAAUUAUGAAUGGUUUAUAGCAAAACCAAUUGGUAGGUUGGGGGGACCAGGACUUGUUCCUGUUGGCUUCGUCAGUAUUGUGGACAUUGGCAGUGGCUACGCAACCGGUAACGAGGUCAAAGAUGAUAUAACUUCGGUUAGCUUACCCACUGUACAAGAAUGGAAAGGGUAUAUCGCCAAAUACAAAGCCAGUAAUAUAAGUUUAGGUUCCGUAGAGCAGAAUCCACCAUUAUCUCCUAAUAGUAGGUAUACGAAGCAACAACAAGAACUGCCAGUACCCCCAACUACCAAUAAUGAUUUUGUUACAAAAGCGUCUGUGGAGGCAUUUGGCUUGGAGGAAGAUAAAUACUGGUUUGAAGUCAACUGCGAAAUAUCGUCUGGAAAAAGAAGGAAACUUAAGAGAUAUUACCAAGAUUUCUAUGAUCUUCAAGUGAAGUUACUCGAUUCUUUUCCUGCGGAAUCUGGUAAACUAAGGGAUAAUAAUGGUCAAUGGACUAAGCGUAUUAUGCCAUAUAUACCAGGCCCAGUACCGUAUGUGACGGAUGUUAUAACGAAGAAAAGAAAGGAUGAUCUGAACGUUUAUGUUGGCGAUCUAAUCAUGUUGCCCGAGUAUAUAUCACGAUCAACAAUGGUUAGAUCGAUAUUUAUGUUGAGGGAUAAUGGAUUUGAUCAUGACAAUAAUAUUCAACCUAUAAAUCAAUUCCAAAACAACGGAAAAGAUGACGAUACAGCUGUAAUUUCAGGACUGCCCAAUAACCACUUAUCAGCCCGAAAUAACGAAGACAAUACACUGACUGGGGAGGAUCUCAAAUUAUAUGAGAAACUUUCUGAGUUAUCAUUAUCCUCGUCUAAACCGCAUUCGAGACCGCCAAGUACUUUACCUCCACAAAUCAAACCUACAAAAAUAAAAUUUUACUACAAAGAUGAUAUCUUUGCCCUGAUGCUGAACAGUGAUAUAACGCUCAAUGAGCUCUAUGCAAAGAUAGCACCAAGGAUUGAUAGUAGUCAGUUUAGAUUGUUUAUCAAGAUGAAUGAUUCUGACGGGGCGGAGAUAAUAUCCGAUCCACAGGUUUCAAAUUUAAUUCAGUCCAAAAUGAAAAUUUCAGUGUAUGAUCUUUAA